GGACCACACACCCACAUGAUUGCGCGCGUUAUCCCCUUGAUCAUCUUUUGCAUCUCUAUCGAUCCCGUCCGACCCAACUUUUUUUCUUUGCAGACCCCCAAUCUUCGUUUUGGAGGUUCCGCCUUGCGCGCGUCACCGGAUCGGCAUAGGAUUCCUCGCAACAACCACCACUACGCCCGCCGCGUACUCGUCUCCGAUUGCCGCGAUACGGGUCUCGCCUCGCCGUUCUAGUCAUACAAUUUUUUGUCCCGCCUUCCAAUGUGCUCAACAUCGCCGGACCGUUGUCGACCUGCAGCCCGCGAGACGCAGCGCCCCCCUGCGCACAUCCGCCGAAGAGAAUUUCUGAACGAGUGAUGGAGCACUUGCAGUACAACCGCCCCAUCUCGGUUUGUCCAGGCUUAGUGUAGAGCUUGAUGCUCAAUUGCCCGGAAUUUGCACAACAUUUAGUCCGGUAUACCUCCGACUACGACACGCCGAACUCUACGCAUACAUACAUAGGUACUCCUGCUCGGGCGCCCACCCUCCACCAUCGUACAUAACGGCUCCAGUCGCCCCUCCAGACGGACGCCCAUCGAUUUGUUGUCGCCUUGCCUUUUCUGCUCCACACAACAACUUCAUCCGCGGUGGGUGACAUCGACUGCUCGUCGACUACGCCCAAACCCGGCAUCAUGGCGACAACAGGUGCCAUUCCACCGGCCGAGGAGGCAUGGAAGGCCGCCCAGAAGCUGCGAGCUGCGAUCCACAAGGAAACUCAAAGCAUCCAGCAUGGCGGACCGGGCUCGAAUGAGGAGGCUCGCUUCCAAAAGAUCGAGAAGCUAAUGGAAAACUACCGUCUCCAUUGUGUUAGCAUCAUCUGGACCGACAUUCGCGCAGCGAGCGAACUGGACGUCGAGCAGACCCUCUGGAGCACCCACAGCAUGGUCACCAAUGCCUACCGAAAUGCCAUCGGCAAAAUUCAGGGAUCUGGUCAAGCGGUCCACAAGCGCAGCAUAGAGAAGCUCUAUCUGGCCUUCCUCAAGACGACCCAAUAUUUCUACAAGGGCUAUCUCCAGCGAGUGUGCGCCCGCUACAACAUGAAACAACUAAAGCGUGUUGCCCGCAUGGCCGACCUGGAGGACAUGUCUGUGCCGGAAGAAGACAGGGUCGACGCUACCGCUGCGAACCUAGAGGGGCUUGUCACCGCGUCCUGCCACAGAACCUUGGUAUAUAUGGGCGACUUGGCCAGAUAUCGCACCCUCAUCCGUUCCAAGGACCGCCGCUUCGACACCGCCCUGGCUUACUACUCAAUGGCCAAUGACCUCGUGCCAGAGUCUGGAUUUGCCCAUCACCAGAGUGGACACAUCUAUGCCACCCUCGAGAACCAUCUGGAGGUUGUUUACCAUUUUUACCGCGCCAUCGCCUGUGACAAGCCGCACCCGAAUGCCCCGGCCAACCUCGAAACCGAGUUCAAAACCCUUCGGAAGCGGAAAGCUGCUGCCGCGGCUAAGGGUAGUGAUGAUGCUAUGAUCUCUUGGUUUGUCAAGCUCCAUGCCUUUUACGCAAAGGGCGAGGAGUUCAACGAGCGCAAGGAACUUGAAGCCGAGGUUGACACGCGUUUGGCUUUGGCUUUGACCAAGAGCAACCAAGCCGAUGUUACCAAAGUUCUUCUCAAAAUGGUUCUCAUCAACAUCACGGCUUACGUUGUUGGAAAGAAGAAUGUUGAAGCUGGCUGGACAACCGAGAAAUCUCUGUCCUGCCAAUUUAUCUUGUUGCAGAACGUUCGGGUCAUCCAUACGAUCUCCCGCAUCCUCCACGAGGAAGUUCAAGAUAUCCUGCGGCGCCCGGCUGCCCCUGGUGAUGCUUCCACGAAGAAAGCGGAUACGACCAGCAGAUAUACUGCCACCUUCCAACGCACGCUGCCCCUUUUGCGCGUGUAUAUGACCUGGCUAUGCUCCUACAGCAAGGACAUCGUGGAGUUCCAGGCCUACCUGGAGCCGCUUUACGGAAACAUGUGCAAGGCUCUCGGCCGCGCGCUCACCGUUCUGUUCGAGUUGUGGCUGAGCGACACCAACCUUAAGUCUAUCGUUCCAUACCAGUUCCCCGAGGACGAGGAAACCAUCGGUAUCAAAUGCCUGAACGGGCCCGACCUUCAUGACGGCUGUCAACUGUCUUAUGAUCCUACCACUUGCAAGCCGAAGCCCAGAGCUGAGGACGUCAAGGAUGCCAGCUUUACCGAAGACGACAUUGCUUUCACUCGCAUCUUCGAUGUCCUCUUCUGUGCAAUUGACCUUGCUGAACGCUCGGCUUUCCCUCUCAUGGUUUGCAAACUUAUAGAGGAUUCGCGCGAGGUGACCAAGUUCGCGUAUGCAGAGGGCGGAAAGCAGGAGUCCGUUGCGCAACCUGAAGUCGAACAACAACCUGCCUCCGAGACCGGACUUCCGGUUACUGAGCAUAUUCCGUCUCCCAUAGCUGAGCAGGUUCCCGUGGAUGCUCCGAUUGCGAACCCUGUUUCGGCUCCUGUGGCUGCCGCAGUUGCCGCUCCCGUCGCGGCACCUAUUGAGGAGAUUGCUCUAGACAGCCUAGACGAGUUUGCUGAAGAUCGUGAUUUCUAUAGAGAUCCUAAGGAGAUGCAGCCUGCUGUGAGCCGGGCUUCUGCUUCACGAGCACCAAAGGCACCCCAGGCUGCUUCAAACUCCGAGUACUCCAUUGACGCCCAAAUGUAUCAGCUCUUGAGCGAUUUCCUUGCUCCCCCCGAUACCACGGACCAUACUCGGAAGCCCAGCAGCCAUGGACCAGACGAAACUUCGUACGGAAUCGGUUCUGUCACUGCUAACGAGCUUCGCAAUGCUUUCGGAUCUCCUAGCCCAGGCUCAGGCUCGGGGCAUGGUUCUGCGUCGGGGUCAGCUCCGGGGUCAGCUACUGCCAGAGGAUACCAGCAAUUGCCUUGGAACUAUUUCUACACUCCUGCGGCUGCUGACAACGACGUCCCGAGGUCUUCCGUGAGCCGUGGUACUCCCGGUCCUUGGGGAGGACACGGAUCACCAUAUCUGCAUUCUAAGAGCAUGAGUAACACCGCAAUUCCGUCAGGAGCCUCGAUUACCACUGGCCCUAGCACCGUUGAACAGCAACUGGCCAACCAGCUGGCCAGCCUUAUCCCUUCCACUUCCGCAAAGCAUCAGUCUGCUUCUCCCCGCGGCGUAUGGCCGGAGCUGGGACAGGCAUCAGCUUCGCAUUCGAGACAACGGUCCAAUGUCGGCGGGGCUGGUUCCAGUUGGAAUCCUGCUGUCGGCAACCCCCCUGGGCUGUGGGGUGACAUGCCCAACUCCCCCUUUUCCUCUAUGUCCUUCUCGGGUGCAACUUCGAGCCUGCCGCCAGUGAACAGUCCUUGGGGCUUGCCAGCAAAGUCCCACUGGGACGCUGUUCCCAAUCGCAACCCCGGCGUGUCAGCGGCUCCCAAGUCCGCCGGUUUGGUUGGUAGGAUCCCCCCAGGCUUCGGACCUGUUCACGGAAACUCGAGCCCCAGUGGCGCAUAUGGGAAUGGAGGACAGUUUGACGCAGUCAACAGCUUCGGACAGAGUGGCAUGGCUACCAGGACCGCACAUCAAAAUGCCUUCAACCAGUCAAACGCAGACACCUAUGCCACUUCUCAGGUUGAGGAGUACAAUAGGCAAGCUCUUAUGAACGCUUGGGCUAAUGAAUACGGGCGCACCUCGGCUGCCUUCGCUGCUGCACCUCCGGGCUUCGAAGCUGGCGGAAGGCCCCAGCCCCCACCGGGGUUCCCCAAGCGCUGAAUGUCGACGUUGAUCAUACGUCAAAACACAAACACUGGUUUUUUUUACCAUACUGGUACUCUUCAAUGAUGGCAACAACAGUUGAAUGGUCGGCCGUGCCUCUCGCCUAGAAAUCUGCGUUAAGGAACCCAUCCGCUUAGUCUAGUCCGGAGUCCAUAAUAUUGUUGGGAGUAGACACCGACACGACAAGGAUUUGCGACAACACGUUUACGAUGACUUAAGCGAUGAUUCGCAGAACCCCAUUUCACAUUGGGGUCACCAGAUGGCGAAAUCGGAUAAGAACAUUUGCGAUAGCUUCUUGCCAUACCAUGCUGGAGGCUUCAGUCAUUCUAACUGCCGUUAACACCUCGACAACUGAUUGUCUGCACGUCUGCGCUGUCCCUCCCUUAGGAGUCGGGGAAGAAUGACGAGGCAUAAGGAAUACAAGACGGAACGCGCUUGAAAAGGAAUUUGCAAAACUCAGUCAGCAAGGUGAUCACCCACCCAAUGAGUUAUUCUGCUUCGCACAGCCUCGUGCUUCCUUUAUCAGUGGCGUAUCACGCACGCAUCUUGGAUUCAUUUCACUAUUUGCGCGUUUGGUCUUAUUCGACCUUAACCGUCCCGUGGUCCUGCCACCACUUACCGGAGGCAAUUAUGCAGGUUCUUGUUGCUUUCGUCUCGCCUCUUUUGAGUGACAGGAACAGCGUAUUACUAUUGACCCAAGUAUGUGUAUGAAAGGGCUUUUUGGAAGGAAGGAAAAGGUGAGGAGUUGCAGAGAAGCGAAAGAAUCAAGAAGCAGUGGGGUUUCCGUUCUCGAGGUGGAAAAAAAAGACGAGGAUUUGAGCAAAAGAGGAAUUGGGCGCUCCAGAUGUUGAAGCUUAGCCAGAGAGGAAUGAAGACAAGGAAGAAGAACGAAAGAUACUGAACAACACAACCAAAACUGAAUUUGAGUUUUUAGCAGAUUGACAGACGCGCGCUUCGACACAUGACUUUGAAAGCAGAACUUCAACGAGGAAAUUCAAGGCUAUAUUACCAUACACCAUGCCUCUGAAUGUGUCAAUGCUAGUCAUCUUAUACCUAUCUG